AUGAUAGCUAGCGGUAGACUCACCACCGAAUCUAUUACAACCGAACGAAAUAAUAAUUCUUUAAUUGGAAUGGAAUUUGCUGGUUUUAAUAAAACUGGAGGAAUGACAAAUAUUCUCACAACUGACAAAUAUCUUACAAGUAGUUGGAUCAUACCCGACAUGUGGACGAUGGAACGUUGCGACGGUUCCUUGUGUAUUGUAUAUAACACGUGUUAUUACGCUUUGUAUUUGAGGGGUAAAAUCAAAAAAGAUGAUAAAGUGUUGAUUUACUGUGGUACGGGAGGUGUUGGUCAAGCUGCUAUUCAUCUUGCUCUUUACGAGGGUUAA